AUGCACACUGUUGAGCUGUCGAUAUCUGCGAGUGCCUCAGGCAUCACAUCCCUUGCCCCUAUUGCUCUCAUCUACCCGCCUGGAUCUAGAUUUAGGAUGCUUCUGGUUAAACUGGCAAAGAGACACACCUGGAUUUUGGUUGCAUCCACUGAAUCUUGGCAAUAUAUCAAUGUCAGUAGUACUGAUCCUUCGAAGUGGGACCAGCUGAAGAUUGUGUCCAAUCAUCAAGUAUUUGACACAGCAGAAUCAUUCAUGGAUGUGUUUCAUAAUGGUAUUCUCGAGCACAUUCCUUGCAAGACCUUUCUUGGAGUACACGAGAACCUCAAGCCUCAAGAGGUAUUUGCACAAUACACUGGAAACAAUCCCUAUAAGUCGAGCACUGUGCUUCUAGAUUCGUACUUUGGCAUGGGGCAAUUGGGUUACCAGCUGGUCAUUAAGAGUAUUGCCACCGUUGGAAACUUCCGUCUUCCAACUUCCAAGAUUCGGCUAUUGUCUAAACUUUUUUUAGUGGUUUGUGUAUCAGCAUCCGGAUACCUUUUAUCAGGAUUCUGGGAUGAUGAGCAAAGAGCUUAUGGGAACAAAAUCUGGAACACCACUUAUGGAAGCCUCCAUGAUCAUGUCAUCAACUUCAAGGUUUUUAGUGGGGAAUUCCUAGAGGAUACACAAUCCAUCCAGGAUACUCUCCCGUUUAUAAUGUGCACAAUACAUUACAUUGAAUGUGCAACCUUUCAGGGGCUCCUGUUGCAAAAUAUUACUCAACAGGAUCUGGUGACUUGGAUUAAUGUCAGGACUCACCACCUACCUGCAUCAGAGGAUGUUCCGAAUACAAGGAAGCCAGUGACUGUAUCACUGCACUACUGA